AUGAAUAACGCAACGCAAUUCACUUCAUUUAUAUUAGUUGGAUACAGAGACAUUGGACAGCUGAAGUACUUGUGUUUCAUUAUAACAACUGUGUUAUAUAUCUCUAUAUUUGCUGCCAACACAUUGCUUAUUGUGGUCAUAUGUACAGAGAGAAGCCUUCACAAACCCAUGUAUUUGUUUUUGUGUAGUUUGUUUGUAAAUGAUUUGUAUGGAAGCACUGCUUUGUUUCCUGCUCUCAUGACUAAUUUGGUUUCAGAUGUCCAUUCAGUUUCUACUGUGUACUGUUAUCUACAGAUCUUUUGUAUAUAUACAUAUGCAUGUAUUGAACUCAGUAAUUUAGCUGUCAUGUCCUAUGACAGGUACCUUGCUAUAUGUUAUCCACUACAGUACAACAUCAUUAUGACCCCAAAGAAGGUGUGUACUUUAGUUUGUGCAAUAUGGUGGUUCACUUUUUUAAAUAACAUUGUACAUCUGUCUUUAACUGUUCGAUUACAAUUGUGUGGAAAUCUUAUAGAAAAGGUUUAUUGUGACAACUACCUUGUAGUGAAACUUGCAUGUUCAAUUUCUGACAUGAGAGUUAAUAACAUAUUUGGCCUAAAUGGUGUUGCUCUGUUAUUUGCUAUCCCAUUGUUUACAAUUUUCUUCUCUUAUAUUAAGAUUUUGACAAUUUGUUUGAAAUCUUCCAUUGAGACUCGACAGAAAGCUUUCAGCACCUGUACUCCUCAUCUGGCAUCACUGCUUAACUUCUCCUUUGGUUGUUUCUUAACUGUGAUCCAGAGUAGAAUUGACAGACCUAUGACUAAUGUUCCACCUUUAUUUCAGACUAUUUUAUCAGUGUAUUUUCUCAUGUGCCAGCCACUAUUCAAUCCUAUUGUUUAUGGAGUUAGAAUUUCCAAAAUCCGACAGGCUUGUAAAAACAGAUUACGUAUGGGUCUGAACCGUGUGUCAUAA